CCAUUUCAUUUUGCCACCGCUCACCGACCACCUCCCCAACCACCGCUCGCCGGGAGAAUCCCGCCGCCGCCGCCGCAAUCAGCGAGAUGGAGCAAAAGCAAGGAGGAAAAAACGACGACACCCCGCUCUGCCCCCCACAUCUUGGGUUCAUCGGCGGGCUCUGCUUCCUUUGCGGGGCGAAGGAGGAGGACGCGGAAGGAGGUACUCCCAGAGUCGCCGUUGGUCAAGGAGUAGAAGGAAGCGACAGCAGCGAUGAUGACGCGCGCUGCGUGGAGGCGAAAACGGAAGGAUGUGCUCCCGGAGUCUCCGUUGGGCACAGAAUGAAGGUGGAAGAAGGCGACGACGACGCGCUCUUUCCCCUGGACCCCGAGUUCGCCCUGGCUGAACUCUACUACCAGUGCGGGUUGCCGGGGAAGAUGAUGGAGGAGGAGGACGCGGAGGGAAGCGCAUCAGGAGUCACGGUAGCGAACAUUGACGGGGGGCUGGUGAGGCCAGCUUUGGCGGCGGCGAUGAGCAUCGCGAGCGCGUCCGACAUGGCGACCCUCAUGCGCGAGAGGAAGUUGAUCCUCGUCCUGGACCUGGACAGCACGCUGGUCAACUCGGCGAGGCUCUGCGACUUCUCAGCACAGGAGAAACGCAACGGGUUCACGCGCUACACCGGGGACAAGCCCCACAUGGACCUCUUCCGGCUGAAGUACUCCAACAAAGCUCGCAAGCUCACCAAGCUGCGGCCGUUCGUGCGAGGCUUCCUGGAGCAGGCGAGCUCCAUGUUCGAGAUGCACGUGUACACCUUGGCAAAACGGGCCUACGCGAAGGCGGUCAUCGACCUUCUGGACCCGAACGGCGUCUACUUCGGCGGCAGGGUCGUGUCCAGAAAGGACUCGACGCGGCGGGAUAUGAAGAGCCUCGACGUCAUCCCGGGUGCCGACCCCGUCGCGGUGGUGAUCCUCGACGACACGGACGUCUGGCCGGCGCACCAGGACAACCUCAUCCUCAUGGACAGAUACCACUACUUCGCCUCCACCUGUCGCAAGUUCCGCUACGACAUCCCCUCCCUGGCGGAGCAGGGCCGGGACGAGAGGGAGCAGGACAACUCGCUGGCCGUGGUGCUGAACGUGCUGAGGCGCAUCCACCAGGACUUCUUCGACGGCGACCAAGCGGACGUCAGGGAGGUGAUCAGGGAGGUGCGGCGACAGGUGCUGCCCGAGUGCACGAUUGCGUUCAGCUAUCUGGAUGAUUGUAUGGAGGACUUCCCCGAGAACACCCUCAUGUGGACGUUGGCCGAGCGGCUCGGCGCCGUGUGCAGGAAAGACGUCGACGAGACGGUCACCCAUGUCGUUGCGGAGGAUCCGGGGACCCAGAAGGCGCAGUGGGCGCGGGACCACGGCAAGUUUCUCGUCAACCCAGAGUGGAUCAAGGCGUCGGGUUUCCGGUGGUGCCGGGUAGACGAGCAAGGGUUCCCGGUGACCGCCGGCCCGUGCGAGUUGAACAUUGUCAGCCUACAGCUGGCGGUACGUAAUGGCAUUGUCAGCCUUCGUGCUGCAGAUUGUCCAUGCUAAUCUUUGUCGUUGAUUCACUCAGGACGAUCUUUGUUGGAAAAAUCACUAGUUCCAGGAUUUCAGCGGAACGUCAUUCUGUUCAGCUAUACUGUCAGGUGUUCGAUCUCAAUCCGCAGCACCGAGUUUGAAAAGACGAGAUCAUUACUGUUAGUGAUGUAGCCAGUGCACUAGUUAUCUCCGUUAAAAAUGCAAAAACUCUGAUGACAUUGCCUUCUAGUAGUAGAGUCAUAUGUGACAUGCUGACAUGAUGUACGUGUUCUCAAGUUUUCUCAUCAGGAUGUGCUUCAGAUUUCUUCGAGUAGUGCAUAACUGAAGUUGUACUUGCAAAUUGCAAUGCAAAUCUGGGAUAUCUGUUGCUC